AUGGGGUUAAAAUUAAUUGAAGAAAAGAGCAAGAAGUCAUAUAAGAAAGAAGUAGCUCAUUUAGUAAUGGAAUAUUAUACAUAUAUAUACCAAAAUACAGAAGUGCAUGAUAUUUCUACAUGUAAUUUUAAUGAGGCUUAUAAUAUGUUUGAAUGGAAUGGGCCACAGGUCAAAGAUAGUUAUAAGUCAAAUUUAGAGUAUUUUACAGCAUAUUAUCCAAUGAUUGUAGAAGAAACAGUUGCAUCAAUUAUACAAGAAACCGACAAAUUAUUUAUUAGCAGUCUAAUAACUGAAAGGAUUGAUCUAAUAUUCAAACCAACAGAAAAAGUUCCAGAAAGAAAGCCAAUAAAUAACAAACAUACUAUUAAUGUGGUAGUUUAUGAAAAAAACCUGAAUACAAUGAUAAAAGACAGUACUAAUGAAUUAAGCAUGGGGGUUGGUGAUAUUGUUAUGGUGACUAAUUACAAAUCAAAAAAACAAAUAGAAUACUGUUUUAUUGGAAUUAUUAUUAAUGCAUCUGAAAAAAAUAAUAUGUAUAGAAUACUUGUAACAAAUGACAAAGAAAAAUAUAUAGGAUCAUAUAAAAGUUAUCAAUUAGUCUGGGUAUCUAAUAUUAUAUCAAGUAAACGGGAGUGUGUAUCUACAUAUAAACUAGGCAGGUCUUCUAUAGGAAAACUAUUGAUGACCCCAGAAAGCAUAGUUAAACUAGAAAAGCCAGAGAAGAGCAUAAAAACAGUUAAACCAGAGCACAUGGACAGUUACUAUGAAAAAUUAAAUGAAAUACAAAAAAGUGCCAUAGAGAAAAGUCUCAACCAAAAGAUUACAUUAAUACAGGGCCCGCCUGGAACAGGAAAGACUCUAACUAUUGCGUGCUUAAUAUCCCAGCUAAUUCGGCAGGGAUUAAAGGUUCUGGUAUGUGCCCCGAGUAAUAUGGCAGUGUCUAUGCUUGUGCAAAGCAAUUCGCCCUGGGAGUGGUUAUUUACGAAAAAACCCUGUUGGAUGCAUGUGUACAGCGAAAGGAAUCCAUAUAACCAGAAUAAACCAAAAACCCGAAUAGACAUCUGCAAUAGAACACUUGGAAAGAUCUCUGCAUAUUUAGAUGGAACACCAAUUGGUACAGAAGAUGAUAAAGUUCUUGAAAAUAUGAACAAGGUACGGCUUGUUUUCUCUACUCUUUCUAUGUCGGGUUCAGCCACAGUAACAAAUAUGAUGUUUGACGUGGUGAUUAUUGAUGAGGCCUGCCAGUCUAUAGAACCGAGUAGUAUUAUUCCUAUGCAGAAUUCACUCAGCCAUGUAAUUCUAGUGGGCGACCCUAAGCAGCUGCCUGCUACUGUUUUAUCUGGCAUAUCAAAGCUCUCGAUUUCCCUGUUUGAAAGGCUUUCUACUGUAAUAAGCCCAAUAAUGCUAACUACACAGUAUAGAAUGCACAAUAAGAUAUCACACUUCCCAAGCAAGGCAUUUUAUAAUGGGCAGCUAAUCAACGGGCUGUCUCUUAAUUCUGUGCUUCCCAUCGCAUUUGUGGAUGUUAAUGGGAUGGAAAUAAAACAAAACAGAAGUAUUUGUAACCAGACGGAGCUAUGCACCAUAAAAAAGUUGCUUCCACAUGUAAUGAAUAAGUAUAAAUCGGCUGCAAUUAUUACACCGUAUAAAGAGCAGCAAAAAAUAAUAAGCACUGACUCUACUAUUGUGAAAUCAGGCAUAACAGUAACUACAGUGGAUGGCUUUCAAGGGCAAGAAAAGGACUGCAUUAUUAUUUCAACAGUAAGGACCAGCGCAAUAGGUUUUCUUAGUGAUUGCAGAAGAAUGAAUGUGGCACUAACCCGUGCGAAAUAUACUGUAAUCGUAGUUGGUAGCAUAAAACUUCUUAGCAAAAACGAAUUUUGGAAUGAUUUUAUUAUCUAUCUUUAUAAUAUCUCUUGUGUGUAUACAUGUGAAAGGGUUAUUCAACUUCUUGCAACAGAAAUCACCGAUGCAUCUGAUAUACAGUGCAAAGAGAAAGAUAUAGAUAGUUCAGUAGAGGAUAUAAUUAAGAAUUUCGAGACUGGUUAUAAUUUAAAAAAAAUGUGCAGUAGUCGCAUUUUUAAAAUUAAAAGAUAG